UUUUCGUAUAAAAGAAUCUCAAAAAGUUAUUUAUGAUUAAUUAACUUUAAAACUGCUGUGACCGAAAAAAGUGUGUUCGUCUUCUUCGUCAGAUUUAAAAGCAAACAUGUCUCGAUUUUUAUUGAUCAGCCUUUUCCUCAUCGCUGCCGUAGUGUUACAAGUUACGGCAGAUUCAAUAUGUGACGCUGUUGAAUGUUCAGAAAACCGACAAUGCUAUGAAUGUAAACAGUGUACUAAAACAUGCAAAAAUCCGAACCCAAUGUGUCCAAGGAUAUGCGACCCAGGUCCAGAUUGUGCUUGUAUAACGGGUUAUGUUCUUCAUAAUAACAAAUGCAUUCCCAAGAGUAAUUGCCCGGGAGCUUAAAAAAUUCACUUAUUAUUAAUCUAAUUAAUAAUCAGUUACAAUAGUAUGUCAUUGUCUAUUGAUCUAAACAAAUAAAUAACAUCUGA